GAAGAUAUCAAAGAGAAAACCCCUAAAUCUUUCUUUUUUCAUCAAUGGCGGAUUUGGAUAAACUCGAGAGUGGAGGAGGUGGAGGAGCUGUCGUAAUCGGUGACAUUAGAGCCGACGACGGCGGCGGAGCGGUGGAAGAGAGGGAGAGGUUAACGGAACUUGAAGGGAUUUCUGUGCUGGAUUUCGAUUUGCUUUGCUCGACUGUUGCGCUUCAGACUCAGGGGAAAUGGAGGAAACUUGAAAGCUCGGAAGGAGAAGAUGCGACGGAUGAUGAUUAUGGCGGUGGCGUUUUACGACUUUGGGAAGGCGAUGUUAUGGAUUGCUUUGAAGAUCGUCAUCUCUGUAUCGAAUCUGCUUGCUGUCCAUGCUACAGAUUCGGGAAAAACAUGACAAGGGCUGGUUUUGGUUCUUGCUUUCUUCAGGGUGCUGUUCAUAUGAUUCUUAUUGCCGGUUUCUUAUUCAACGUUGCUGCUUUUUCUGUAACUAAGAGGCACUGCUUUCUCUAUCUGGCUAUUGCUUUCGUUCUUUUGAUUGGAUCCUACUUGGGUUUCUUCCGUAUGCAGAUAAGAAGGAAGUUUAACAUUAGAGGUACUGAUAGUUUCUUGGACGAUUGCAUCCACCAUCUAGUUUGUCCAUUCUGUACAUUAACUCAGGAAUCGAAAACUCUGGAGAUGAACAAUGUUCAUGACGGUAUCUGGCAUGGUCGAGGAGACACUCUAUGCAUAGGCGGCUAUCCCGAAGGAAAAGCUUUUCUCGAGUUGCAUUCGCCUCCAGUUAUUGUAUCAACAAUGUCAUCAUCUCAACCCUAACAACCCACAACAGAGUUCCUUUAUAGAAACCGCAGCCAAGGUCUGCGCUUCCAUAGCAAUCUGCAUUGAAAUCAACAUCGGCAUAUGGCGAUUGAUUUGCUCAACGGUGUAAACAGAUUCAUGUCAAAAGAAAACUUUCAAUGUUUGUUUUCGAAACUGUGGUAUAUAGCAAACAUGGAAUUUUGAAGAAAAAGUCCUGUAAGGU